CAAGUCUAUUUCUCAACUUACAAUACAUCCACUUGUCAACACAUCUACCUACAUACUUAACCAGCUCGGCCCCAUAUUCAGCUUCUUCGUUUUCUUUUUUUUUCUUUUUUAAUCUUUACAUAAAAAUCCAAACUCUUUUUCCUUCACACCCAAACACCCUUUCUGUUACUCUACCCCAAACUUGAGAUUGCAUUAUGUCACCACAUGAUCACCAGUGUCAGUUUGACAGCUUGACAUUAUUUUACCAUUUGUCAGUCUGUCAGUGUGACAUUGUUUCACCAUGUGAUCACCAGUGUCAGUUUGUCAGUGUGACAUUAUUUCACCAUGGGAUCACCAGUGUCAGUCUGUCAGUGUGACAUUAUUUCACCAUGUGAUCACCAGUGUCAGUCUGUCAGUGUGACAUUAUUUCACCAUUUGUCCGACAAUGCAUGGCUCUCUGUGCAACGGCUCAUUUGCUUCAGGGAAUGGGAGCUUCGAUUACGAGUUAAAAGUUGAACAAGGCUGCUCGACGACUAAACCAACCCCCAUCGUCCCCUUCACAAAUACAAUGACGAACGAGAAAAUGAACAAUGAGAAAAGCAUCACCGUCCCUCUCGCAAAGGCAUCGAGUGACCAGACAACGGAGAGCGACACCACAACUACUUCAUCGAUCACCUCGGAAGAUUCAAGUCACACCACGUACUUUUCAACCAUGACUUCCACUGAGGGCGGACAGAUCAGCUCCUCCACAGAAACUUUUGCAGAGACCAGCGAACUUUCCACCGUGCUGACUACAACACAAAAAAUGGCGGAGACAAAUAACCCACCUUCAUAUACCCAAACGGCAGAGAACAUAUCCACAAUUGAACUCUGUGUCUGCUCGUGUUCCCCGGGCUUGUUGAAGGACAACCCCGCUGAAUUUGAAAAGCUUCUUUCGGAGCUGCGCGUCCAGCCAAACGAGACAAGCCGAGCUCGCCGGCGUCGGGCCAGCAUGAUGGACCAGAGACUGACUGCAGCAGCCGUGGGGGUGGUAGCCUGGGCAUGUCUCAUGGCGUCCUUGACGUGGUUCGUUGUAGCUGACGCGUUCGCGUUCUUUAAAAACGUCAGAAAAGCGAUACGGCGUUCUUGGCAGAAAAAGAGGGAGACAAGUCAAGCUUAAAGCCAUAUACCCAGAGCACGUCGUGGUUAUCUCAACAUAUUAUAUUUAGUGAAAGUCCGUCACUUUGGCCGCCAAAAGCUUCCGAA